UGUGUUUCGCAUAUAGCCUUGACUGUUUACUGACUCUACGCAGUGGAUUGAAAGGUUUUGUGUUUACGUUGGUGGAGAAGUAAAUCGAUUUCAAUGUUUGGAUAUUGAUAAGAAGAAGAAGAAAUGUUCCAGAAUAUAAAACCAACUUUUGGCAGUGGUGGCUUCAGCAGCGGCACAACGGCGACGCCUUUUGGGCAGUCCCCGUUUGGCAAACCAGCUGGCGGUGGGUUUGCCACCCCUGCAUUUGGUUCUACGCCAUCCUCAUUGUUUGGCAGUACUGCAACAUCUGCUGGAGGUGGUGUGUUUGGUGCUGCAACAACUACCCCUGUAUUUGGCCAGGCUGCUACCACACAGUCCACAGGAUUUGGUUUUGGAGCAAAUACUACAGGUACCACAAACCUCUUUGGCAGUCCACAGACAUCUGUGGGUGGGACUGGUCUUUUCGGUUCCACAUCAUCUUCUGCAUUUGGUCAGAAUAAACCAACAGCAUUUGGUGGCUUUGGUACAUCAACAGGCACCACAGGGGGUGGGUUGUUCGGACAGACACAACCCAGCCUCUUUUCACAGCCCGCGUCUACUGGGAACACCCUCUUCAGUUCAGGGUUUGGCAGUUCGGCUUCAAAUACUGGAACUGCCAUGGUGAAGUUUACUCCUGUUACUGGUUCUGAUACCAUGAUGAAAGGUGGAGUAACUCAAACCAUCAACACGAGGCAUCAUUGUAUCACAUUUAUGAAGGAGUAUGAGAACAAAAGCUUGGAGGAACUGCGUUAUGAAGAUUACAUAGCAGGUCGUAAAGGUCCUCAAGGCACUGGAACAGGUGUAGCAACUGGCGGUGGGCUCUUCCAGCAGCCAGGAACAGCCUGGGGAAAUGCCGGCGCAACAGCUGCAGGAACAGGCAUAUUUGGGUCCCAGACUGACAAGCCAUCUCUCUUCUCUGCUCCGUCUACAGGUUUCGGCACUGGUACAGGUAUUUUUGGUGCCCAACCAGCACAGCAGACUGGACUCUUCGGCAAACCAACAGGUUUUGGUGCUGCUACUACUAGCUCGGGAACAGGUUUUGGAUUUAAUACCACCACCAGCUCAAAUCCAUUUGUAUCCCAGUCAAAACCAUUUGGCUCUGUUGCUCCACAAACUGGUUUAUUUGGUACCGCUACCUCACAGCCAUCAACAGGAUUUGGAACUCCAGCAGCUACUGGUUUUGGAGCCUUCGGAACACAGCAGAAUCAAGGACAGGGUAUUGGCAUCUUCAGUCAGAACAAGGCUCCAUUUAAUACUGCUCCUACAAGCACUGGCUUUUCAUUUGGUCAAAAUACAACACAGUCAAAUCUCUUUGCAAAACCUGCUGUGCAAACUUUUGGGGGGUUUGGCACAUCAACAUCCAAUUUUGGUAAUGCUGGCAGUACAGGACUUUUUAACAACACCAGCACUACAGGAUCUACACCUCUAUUUGGCCAGGGCAACACUUUCAAGCCCAGUACAACAGGAUUUGGAUUUCCAACAUCUACAAGCAACACACUAGGUACUGGUCUAGGUCUUGGCACAGGACAGUCUCUAUUUGGACAGUCAACCAAACCAACAGGUCUGUUUGGUUCUGGCACAGGCACAUUUGGAUCUUCUGGUUUUGGCAGCAACACUGGCAUUGGACUUGGAUCGACAUUGUCUAAUCCUCUGCUUGGUGGUGCCAACAAUACAAAUUUCGGGCAAACACCAGCUGCACGGGACUUUCCAGAUCUUCAGGAUAAGAUACUGGCUUUAACACAGAUGCCGUAUGGUAAUCAGCCACUGUUCAGAAACACAAUGCCGGCCACUGGAAAAGCUGAUGAAAUUUUGAAGCCUAUAAAGCACAAUCCAGAACGUGAGGCACAGUUUAAUCAAUUCAAGGUUGGAGGAGCAAACAAAAUACGUGUUAGACCUUGGGGCCAGGCUAAGAAGUCACUUUUUGAAGGACUGGAUGAUGAUUCUGGAAACUUGUCAUUCACACUUCGACCAUCACCAAAAAGAUUGUUGCUGAGUGAGAAACUGCUUGAGACACAAGUGACGUCCACAACAGAGCAUGGACCUCUUUUUGACAGAUCAGGAAAUGAUAAUGUUGGUAACAGAUCAGACAGACAUUCUGAUGUUGGCUCACCUAUUAUCACUGCGGGAAAUCGUGAUAGUUCCAGUUCAGACAAGGAAAAUGUACCCCGAUUAAUUAAUGCCAAUGUGAAUGUUGCUGAAACUCCCAAUAGAAGCAGUUCAUUGGAUAGAGAAAGCACUCCUGUUCGGGCACGGAAUAGUGCAGAAAUGGAAGCAAGAGAACAACAGCCAGUGGAGCCAUUGAGUGAUAGGUUGCAACAGUCUUCUAUAUCUGCAGGGACUGGAGCUAAUGAAGAAUUACCUGGAGAGAGGAAUAAUGAUGCAGAAACAGGUGGUCCUGUGGAACAGCACCCUGCAAGAAUUGUCUUGACACGUGCUGGAUAUUAUACAAUUCCCUCACUAGAUGAACUGGCAAGUUGUGUUGAGUCUGAUGGUAGCUGUAUUGUUGAUAACUUUACUGUUGGGCGAGAAGGUUAUGGGAAUGUCUUCUUCCCAGAUCAGAUGGAUGUUGCGGGUCUCAAUUUAGAUGAAAUAGUACAUUUUCGCCAUAAGGAAGUACUGCUUUACCCUGAUGAUAAUGUCAAGCCGCCUUUUGGUGAGGGACUGAACCGGCGUGCUCAAGUGACUUUGGAUCGUGUGUGGCCUCAAGACAAGUCCAGCCAUGAGCUAAUACGUGAUCCAGACACUCUUGUUGCUCUUGGGUUCGAAGAGAAACUAAGGCGUGUUUGCUCUCGCAUGGGCGCUAGAUUUGUCGAAUAUCGUCCACAAACUGGGUCUUGGGUAUUCAAGGUUGAUCAUUUCUGAGCAGAAUUAAAGUGUCAGUUGCAACUUGGAGUUUCAACUAACAAGAAGUAUUCAGCAAGCAACUUCUGAUGUCUUACAACAUGGAAAAUAAAUGUACGUAGCAGGAUCUCAUGCUGUUGGUUACCUUUCCUCCAGCAUUAAAUUGGUAUUGCUUUAAAAAUUUCCUAAGAAAUGUAUCCAUCCAUAAGAGACAUAUCUAGCAUCAUGUGAAAGUGCUUAAGAAAUUCAGACUUUUAUUGUGACUUUCUGAUUUUGAUUUUUGAAUCAGUUGUUUCUAGCAACUGUGUCAUCCCUGUGUUAUUCUGAAGCACUGGCAGUAAGGGUCAUCAGACUAUUUUAUAAUGCCUUGUGCUUGAGUUCUUGGAGCCUGCACUGUUAAUAUGUAACUGAAGUUCUAUUAAUUUGUGCAGUUUACCUGCUGUUGAAUUGUAUUAUCAGUAGUUGAUUAGAACAUAUAUAGUUUGUCAGUAAUGUAUGCAUCAUUGUCAUUUGAAGAAAUAUUUAUUUUUUUAAAGAAAUUUAAUGUGUAUUACAGCUUUCCUAUUUCUGCUAUAGUAGAAGGUCAGAUAAUUUGCAGCCCAUAAAUGGCUUAUCUGUUAUCAUUGUAUUGAAAACAAUUGUUUAACACAUGGUGAAAAUGAAGCAUACAGGCACUGACCAUUUUAUGGACAAAACUUUUAUUAUUACUGUAUGAAUCAUUAUUUAGGACUGACUUGAUAGAGAUAGAAAUUAUAAUGGUUGUUUCUGAGUAUGUUCCUAAGAUAAGUGUAUUUAAGCUGUACAUUGUUGUUAUUCAAGUUUGUUUAUAAUAUCUGUUCAAAUAACUCAUUAUUACUGUUAAAUAAAUCUUUUUUGAAGGACACUUUAGUUAAUAGAUCAGUUCAUAUAGGUAAAUGAGAGAAUUCCAUGUUUUUCUGUUUUACUGUAGUUUUAAAUAUGUCUUAUGCAACAUAAUACAGCUGAGUUAGAAUGCACAUUGUUGUUUCAUUCCUCUUUCAUUAAUUGUAAAUCAUUAGCUAAGUUUUGUUCCUGGCAUGAGUUUGCUGAUUUAUUCUGAGUGACUGAGCGUGUUCACCAUUAUGGUAUUAUGUUCAUUUUUAGAUCCCCCCCCCCCCUCCAGAUGUGACAAUUUAAAAAACUUAUUCACGCCACAUAAUUUGUGACAUGUUUGCAUUUCAUUUUCAUGCUUUCCAGAAGCCGCAGCAAUAUCAAAAUUCUGCUAAAGUGACCUGUGGGUCUUGCAAGUGUACAAUUUGAGUAAUAUUCUUACUUCGUAUAUUAAAUCUUUGUAUAUGCGUGUACUUCAUUAUUAUUAUUAUUAUUAUUAUUAUUAUUAUUAUUAUUAUUAAUGUUGUUGCUCUUCUGUUAAUUGGUCAUUUAGGGAUGACGAUAAACUUAAUUUAGCAUUAUGACAGUUGUGUCUCCGGGACCCAGCUUCUUUUCAUCAACACAGUGUGUAUAGCAUUUUAUUAUUAUUUAAAUCUGAUGUGCAGAGGAAUGCUGUUUUCCCGCCGUAUGUGGUGCUGUAUCAGUACUUCUAAGGCUUUGUUUUACGUGUGACAAUCACAUGUGGCAUCUGUUUGGAACAGCUUUGUUUGCUCACAUCUUAUCUCUAAAGUGAUAGAUAUCUUCAUUCUUCUUUGCAGGUGCUCAGUUUCACCUUUCUAAAUCGAUGAUCUUCACGGAUAUUUGAUUCUUCAUAGUGUGUGUGUGUGUGUGUGUGUGUGUGUGUGUGUAAAAGGGAGAGGGAGACUCUGACCGACCUUUAGCUAAAAUGUUUCUUUUGUUACAUUUUGGGGGUUAUUUACAAUUUUAAUUUAAUAAGAACCAUUGUAUCAGUGGAUUUUGUGAUAUAUGAGGAUUUUACCAGUUGCUUGGUGCAGCAUGUGCAUGUUGAUGCUAUUGAAUUCAAAGUUAUUUUGUAAUUUAUUGUUUUUCUCUGUUGUGUGUGUGCUGCAACUUUUAUCCAUAGAAGGACAGUUAUUAAGUAGUAAUAUUACCUUUAGCUUUUCCAGAAAAUGUUGUUUAUACCCCUGUACUGUUUCUGUAAUGAAAUUAAACAGUUGCUGAAAAAAUGCGAGAAUUCUAUUAAUAAGCAUAAUUACAUUGUGCAUAAGUUACUGAAAAAUUAUCAAUUUUUUGUACAUAUCAUUUGGUAUUUUCUUAUUUGGUGAAUUUUCUCCCACCCAUAUACAGCAAUUAAUGCGAGUGAAACUAAAUUUUUGUUUAUGAACAUGCAGUGAAGAAUAACUCAACACAGCUGAUUUUUGAGUUAGCCAUUACUUAGUAGUUCAUAUUUCAGUGUUGCGGAUAAUAUUUUAUAAGUUGUUGUGUCUGUGUAACUUGAGCUUUAUUGUAUCAUUGUGUAGUUUAGAAUUGAGAUCAAAGUAAGUUAAGUAAGUGAUUCGUAAUGACCUGUUUCAUUGGUUGUGUAAAGUAAAAAUUAAACUACCUAACUUGAAAGAAGUUAAGUGAAUUGCAGUAACAGACCUUUAAUAACUCAUAAUGUAUGUAAAUAUUUUUAAAAAAUUGGGCAUCAAGGUGGUGUUGCUAUUAAGAAACAGGAAGUUUGCUACUCAUUUUACAUAUUGAUUAGUUGCAGUAAAAUGGUCUGGUUGAAAUACCUGUUUGGCUCAUUGUUUACUCUACUGUUUUAUAAAGCAUACAACCAUUUACCCUUCUGAAGUAACUUUACAAUUACGAGUUUUCAUGUAUUUUGCUUGUCUUCUAAAUUUUAGUGUAACAAGCAGAGAAAAGAAUGUCGUGUGAAUACAUGCUGAAUGUGAGUAUUAAAACAUUUAUCUGUCGACUGCAGAGACAAAUUGAUGAUUUGAAAAUUAAUAAGUAGAGUAACAGGAUGAUGUGGUAAAAUUUUUAAAUGUGUUUAUGGUUAUUUAUGUGACAAAAAUGAUAGAUAUGGUGUACAGCCGUUUUGUAUACUAGGGCAGUUCAAUAAGUAAUGCAACACAUUUUUUUUCUGAAACAGGGGUUGUUUUAUUCAGCAUUGAAAUACACCAGGUUAUUCCCCAAUCUUUUAGCUACACAACACUAUUUUUCAACGUAAUCUCCAUUCAAUGCUACGGCCUUACGCCACCUUGAAAUGAGGGCCUGUAUGCCUGCACGGUACCAUUCCACUGGUCGAUGUCGGAGCCAACGUCGUACUGCAUCAAUAACUUCAUCAUCAUCCGCGUAGUGCGUCCCACGGAUUGCGUCCUUCAUGGGGCCAAACAUAUGGAAAUCCGACGGUGCGAGAUCGGGGCUGUAGGGUGCAUGAGGAAGAACAGUCCACUGAAGUUUUGUGAGCUCCUCUCGGGUGCGAAGACUUGUGUGAGGUCUUGCGUUGUCAUGAAGAAGGAGAAGUUCGUUCUGAUUUUUGUGCCUACGAACACGCUGAAGUCGUUUCUUCAAUUUCUGAAGAGUAACACAAUAACUUCAGAGUUGAUCGUUUGACCAUGGGGAAGGACAUCGAACAGAAUAACCCCUUCAGCGUCCCAGAAGACUGUAACCAUGACUUUACUGGCUGACGGUAUGGCUUUAAACUUUUUCUUGGUAGGGGAGUGGGUGUGGCGCCACUCCAUUGAUUGCCGUUUUGUUUCAGGUUCGAAGUGAUGAACCCAUGUUUCAUCGCCUGUAACAAUCUUUGACAAGAAAUUGUCACCCUCAGCCACAUGACGAGCAAGCAAUUCCGCACAGAUGGUUCUCCUUUGCUCUUUAUGGUGUUCGGUUAGACAACGAGGGACCCAGCGGGAACAAACCUUUGAAUAUCCCAACUGGUGAACAAUUGUGACAGCACUACCAACAGAGAUGUCAAGUUGAGCACUGAGUUGUUUGGUGAUCCGUCGAUCAUCUCGAACGAGUGUGUUCGCACGCUCCGCCAUUGCAGGAGUCACAGCUGUGCACGGCCGGCCCGCACGCGGGAGAUCAGACAGUCUUGCUUGACCUUGCGGCGAUGAUGACACACGCUUUGCCCAACGACUCACCGUGCUUUUGUCCACUGCCAGAUCACCGUAGACAUUCUGCAAGCGCCUAUGAAUAUCUGAGAUGCUCUGGUUUUCCGCCAAAAGAAACUCGAUCACUGCCCGUUGUUUGCAACGCACAUCCAUUACAGACGCCAUUUUAACAGCUCCGUACAGCGCUGCCACCUGUCGGAAGUCAAUGAAACUAUACGAGACGAAGCGGGAAUGUUUGAAAAUAUUCCACAAGAAAUUUCCGGUUUUUUCAACCAAAAUUGGCCGAGAAAAAAAAAUGUGUUGCAUUACUUAUUGAACUGCCCUCGUACAUGCACAACUAGAUAAAGACCUUGUGUUAUUCCAGCUCUGAAUUAAAUUAAUUUGUGUGCUUUGUGUUGUGAGAUUGCAAAUAUUGAUUUCUUUUCCUGUCUUAUUCAAAGUAUUCAGAAAUGACACUCUCUUUCACUAGUGAUGGAGGAGAAUAAUUCAGUGCUCGAUUUGAACUAUGGCCCCAGCACUGUCAGUGUACAAAAGUAGCUCGGAACUAAAUUGUGCUACAUUUGUGUUAACCAUCUCUUCCAAGCGAUGGUUAUCCAAAAAUUGUCUGUUGUUGUACAUUCAUUGUAAACUUUCUUAUAUUGUUCUUUGUAGGUUAUUAUAAAGACAAAUUUUUAUUAAUGAUUCAGACUAGCUGUGGAUGGCAGAUAUA